AGAGAGAGAGAGCAAAAGAAAGAGUGGGAGCCGCUCUGGUGCACUCUGGUGGUUCUUGCAACGGCGUUAGUGUCGCUUGAUCUCCAGUAGUCCAACUGUAGCUCAUGCAAGAUUCAGCGCAAAACACCGCAAACUAUCCUCCAAUCCCAGUGGACAUAUUUAAAUGGAUACAGCUGGAUUUUCUUCUCAAAAACUUUUUUCCACUUCAUGUUAAUGUUUCCUGGGUUCAUGAAAGUGCUGCAACUCCGUGAACUAAUAUUGUUUGAGCUUUGAGGACAGUUUGGAUACAUCUUUUUGGAGAACAUGCUGUUGCUGCCCACACCAGUAGACCUUCCACUAACAAUCACGUCUUGGUCAUCACGUCUGGAAACAUGGGAAGCCACUACUGCCUUGUGAACACACGCCAGACAAGACUCUGUGGCUGUGAAAUGUAAGCAGUAACUGCAAAGUAAAGAAUGACUAUUAUUUAGUGAGCAGAUUUAUGAUGCUUUUAAGAAGCGCGGAUUCUUCCAUUUUGUUAACUUUGACGUGAAAAAACACAUCUUGAGCUUAAUAUAAUGGAUGUUAACCUGAGCACUUCAGCAUCCUAUGUGAUCAACAGAACAGAGCCGUACCACACUGCGGAAGGACCCUGGAGCCUCAUCCUACUGGUCGUCAUCAUAUUGACCAUAGUGGUGGGAAACCUGCUGGUCAUCAUCGCUGGAGCUCGUACUUCACAGCUUCAGACGACAACAAACAUUUUCAUUAUGUCACUGGCGUGCGCGGACCUCAUCAUGGGGGUCCUUGUGGUGCCUCUGGGGGCCACUAUCGUGGUGACGGGUAACUGGCAGCUCAGCGACACGUUCUGUGAGUUCUGGACUUCUGUGGAUGUCCUGUGUGUGACAGCGAGCAUCGAGACGCUCUGCGUCAUAGCAGUGGAUCGGUACAUAGCCAUCACGAGGCCGCUCCGAUACAAGGUUCUACUCAAUAAGUGGCGUGCCAGAAUAAUAGUUUGCUUAGUGUGGGUUGUGUCUGCUUUAAUUUCCUUUGUACCAAUAAUGAAAGGGUAUUGGCGUGAUAAUGAUGAUGAAGCAGCGAAGGAGUGCUACGAUAACCCGACAUGCUGUGACUUUGUGACCAACAGGGCCUUCGCUAUUGUAUCUUCUAUAGUGUCCUUUUACAUUCCACUGCUCAUAAUGAUAUUUGUGUAUGCAAAAGUUUUUCUAAUAGCCACGCGGCAGGUCCAGCUCAUAGAUAAGAACCGCAUGCGUUUCCAGAAUGAGUACCCGACAGCGCAGGUGCAAGUUGGCCCCCACAUCAACAUUGUCCUGCCGACGGCAUGUGCAGGCUCCAGCAGCUGUAGCGGUGUAGCGCGGAGAAAGAGCGUCAAGCGGAGGCCGUCGCGGCUGGUGCUCAUCAAAGAGCACAAGGCCCUCAAGACUUUGGGGAUCAUCAUGGGGACCUUCACCGUGUGCUGGCUGCCAUUCUUCGUCGCCAACAUCAUCAACGCAUUUGUAAGAGACAUUCCCUCAGAGAGGAUCUUUCGACUGUUAAACUGGCUGGGUUACAUCAACUCCGGCCUCAAUCCCAUCAUCUACUGCAGGAGUCCUGAGUUUCGCACUGCGUUCAAGAACCUGCUGGGCUGUCCGUGGCUGUCCACCCAGCGGCUCAAUACGUUCUACAAAGAGCUGAGGACUCGUUGCUCCUGCUUUCUAUCGCAGGCUGAGUCGGGCACAGCCGGCUCUUUCCAAAAGUCUCCGACCAGUAAGACUGAGGGCAGUGAGAGUCAUGGAAGCAGCAAAAGUGAGGAGGCUUUCCCUGAUCCUCUGCAGUCCAACGGCAGCACACAGUUCAGUGACUCAUCAGAGCCUGAGACCAAAUUCUUCACAUUGCAGGAAAAGGACGGCUGAGCGGUAAAAUGUCAAGCUACUGAAGCAAACUAUGUUCCCCGGGCGUUUCCGCAAAGUCUGAAACCAAACAGCAGCGAGGACAAACUGAAGAGUACAACCACCGGCCCUGAUAAACGUAGCUGAAUGAAGCUAACCUCAAAGAGGUGACUGGAUUGACUGUAGAGAAAACAGCUGAUUUGGUCUAGACAGGAGCACUGUGACUGUCUCUGUGGACAGGAGAUGGACUGCUACAGCUCAGCACUUCACAGAUAUUAGCUGACACCAAAGUAUUCUGAAUAAGACAAUGCUUAAAGUUUUAAAUGCAUUCCUUUGGACACAGUGUAUGUGGCCUGUGGUU